GAUCCUUAUUGCCAGAGGAGGAAGACGUAAAAAAAGAAGAGACAUUGGUCAGAAGCUGAUCUGCUUAUAAACAAGAAAAUGGACACGCGGUUCACUCGAGGGAAAUCCACCAUCUUAGAGCGGCCCCUGACCCGACCCAAGACUGAAGUCAGCGUGAGCGCCUUUGCCCUCCUGUUCUCAGAGAUGGUCCAGUACUGCCAGAGCCGUGUGUACUCUGUGUCCGAGCUGCAGACACGCCUGGCUGACAUGGGCCAGAGCGUAGGAGCCAGCAUGCUGGAUGUGCUGGUCCUGAGAGAGAAGAACGGGAAGAGGGAGACUAAGGUUCUGAACAUGCUGCUCUUCAUCAAGGUUAAUGUGUGGAAGUCUUUAUUUGGGAAGGAGGCUGACAAGCUGGAGCAGGCCAACGAUGAUGACAAGACUUAUUACAUCAUAGAAAAGGAGCCGCUUAUCAACGCUUACAUCUCUGUGCCCAAAGAGAACAGCAGCUUGAACUGUGCUGCCUUUACAGCUGGCAUCGUUGAAGCCAUCCUCACACACAGUGGCUUUCCCGCCAAGGUCACCGCCCACUGGCACAAAGGCACCACGCUCAUGAUAAAGUUUAACGAGUCGGUCAUAGCCAGGGACAAGGCUUUGGAUGGCAGAUAAAAAAAAAAAAAAAGACUGCAGAGAGUGGCUGG